AUGGCCAGAUGGGCAGCCCUGGUGGUGCUGGUUGCGAUGCAUGCAACCUCGGCAGCGACCACCAACCCCGGCUUCGUGGCCAGGAUCACCCAGAAGGGCCUUGACUAUGGUAAUCGGACUCCUGCUGCCCUUCCUCUCCCACCCCUGAGAUGCACCAUGGUUAUCCAAGAGUUCCAGCUGCCCAGUUCCCAGAUAAGACUGGUGCCCAAGGUGAACCUGAAACUCUCCAUCAGCAAUGCCAAUAUAAGGAUCUUUGGAAAAUGGAAGGCCCAAAAGAACUUCAUCAAAGCCCGUGGCAACUUUGGCCUGAGGAUGGAGGGCAUCUCGAUCUCCGAGGACCUGAAGCUGGGUCAUGAGUUCCUUUCAGGGCGCACCACCAUCACCUGCUCCAGCUGCAGCAGCAACAUCAAGCAUGUGCACGUGGACAUCUCGAGAAGCAGCUUAGGGUGGCUGAUCCAACUCUUCCACAAAAAAAUUGAGUCUUCGCUGAAAAGGGCCAUCCAGAGCCAGAUCUGCGAGAUAGUGACCAACGCUGUGUCCUUUAAGCUUCAACCUUAUUUCCAGACUACGUCAGCCUUCGUCGACACUGUGGCUGGGAUUGAUUACACGGUGGUGGCACCUCCAACAGCUACACCUGGCGGCGUGGACUUGCAGCUGAAGGGGGAGUUCUUCUGUCUGCUUCUCUGCCCCCCGGUCCCCCUUGCCCCACCAGCACUGGUAUUUCCCACCGACCACAAGUACAUGGUCUACCUGGGCAUCUCGGACUACUUCUUCAACUCCGCUGGGUUUGUGUACCAAAAGGCUGGAGUCAUGCGCCUGACCCUCACAGACGACAUGGUGGCCUGGAGUUUCCCCAAUAUGACGAUGCAGCUCCUUAUCUCCGCCUCCAUCCCACCACGCCUCGCCAUGGACCCCAACAGCCUCAUCAUCUCCCCUCAAUUGGAGACCUCGGCCUACGCUAUCCUCUCCAACUCCUCCCUGGUCUACCUCUUCCAGCUUGGCUUGAACACCAACAUGUCUGUGGCGGUUGGUGCCAAGUCCAACAGGCUGGUUGGAGAGUUGCUGAUGAAAAACGAGCUGAACCUGGAACUGAAGCACUCAGAGGUUGGCCCCUUUGAGGCCCGGUUGUUGCAGGCUACCAUGAACUAUUAUGUGGUCACCACUGUGCUUCCCAGGGUGAACGAGAGGCUACGGCAUGGUGUCCCCCUCCCACUGCCCGCUCAGAUCUCGCUCUCCAACCCAGUGCUCCAGCCUCACCAGGGGUUCCUGCUGUUGGGGGCAAACCUUCACUCUGGCUAACUAGCCGCACAGAGAGGAAGGGGCUGCCAGCCUCCACGCUAAGGACCUGCAGACCCUGCCCGGACCUCCCGGAGGCUUCCAGGACUCUUCAACGGGUCGAGCUGCACAGUCUUUGCCACCAGCAGCGCACGGCUGUCAGUUAUAACC